AUGGACAAUGAAUUCACAACGCCGGCGCCCUUUAAGUUUGAUGAUAAAUGGCAAGAGUAUGUCGAAGCCUUUGUCGAGUUCAAAGAGAUACUGGGAAAACGAAUCGACAACUAUGGCUCGAUGAAUCCCCUUCACAAGGAUCUCGUCUGGUACAUGCUCUAUAACUGGCCGGGGUUCCACGUCUUACGUCUUUCCCGGAUUCUCCGCGUUGAAUCGCCAGCCGCCGUGGACAAGCUAAACUCUGCACUAUCGGAUCGGCAGUCACUCGAGUCUUUCGAUCUCCCCCGGUACGGGCUGAAAACAGCCAACAAACACAUCCAAAAGGAGGCCGUCAAGGAGGUCUACUCGCUAGUCAAAGCCUUCGUUGACGCCUUUGAUGAACAAUACGACCUCUUUUGUCAUGAGUUCCGCCGAGUCGAGCUUAACGACGACUUGAGGAGAUUGGUCAAAGAGGCCCAGCAAACCGGAACCAGACCUGCGGAAGACUUGAAGAGGCUUGAAGAUGAGGCUUGCAAGACGAGGGUCGAAAUCCGCAGGCAUGCGGAGCUAAUCGUGAGGCCCGGCUACGAAUCACCUUUCUCCAAGACUGAAGUGACCGAUAUACCCUCCGAGGCGAAUGAUAUGCGCCGCCGCAACGUGAAUAAUCUUGCACGAACGUGUAAAUCCUUUAGAAAAACGAUUGCUGAAUUCGACGAGGAGCAGGAGAGAAGAAGGGAGCUCCACAAGCGCAAGAAGGAGUUGGCUGAGAAAGAGUUGAAAAGGUUGAAUGAGGAGCUUUCAGACUCAGUGGAGCUUUUCCGAGACGCGUUUCGAGAAAAGUUUAGCUACUGGUUUAGCACAAAAUCAAAGGCACAGAAAAUGGAGGAAAGAGAGAGUAUUAAGCAAAGAACUCUCAUGCAUAAAAGGAAAUACGCAAAGGGCAAAUGA